AACCUGCAGUUCUGGUGGUGCUUCAUCACACGUUAAAUCCAGAGGAUAUUGUACCAGACAGCAGCAGAUCUGUAAAGAGACAGAAUACAAUCAUAGUCGACUGUCUGUUCAAGGAAGGUCAGGGAUUACUGAGAUGUUCUCAAAAUGAUGAAGCACUGACUAAGGUUUUAAACUGGAUUGAGGACAUUUUGGAAAGGGCACCAAGAAAAAGUCCAACUUUAGAUCAGGACAAUCAGACUAAUCAGAUGUUGAUGCGUCCUCAUCUGAAUUACUUCACUCUGAUAACUGAUGUGGGCAUCGAGAGGAGACUUCAGGAAGUAAUACCACAUCUGAAUAAGGUGCAGAAUUUGGAAGAUUCUGAUUUCAUUCUGGUUUUCUGCCCUGUUGUUUCACGAGCUGAAACUGACAUUGAAGCAGCAGUGAAAAUUCUCAAUACCCAAGCAGGUAACAAACCUGCAGUUCUGGUGGCGCUUCAUCACAGAUUAAAUCCAGAGGAUAUUGUAUCAGACAGCAGCAGAUCUGUAAAGAGACAGAAUACAAUCACAGUCGACUGUCUGUUCCAUGAAGGUCAGGGAUUACUGCCUUUUUUUAAAAACCCUGAAGCACUAUUCAAAGUUACAGACUGGAUUGAGGACAUUUCAGGAAGCAUACCAAGAACACGUCCAAAUCAAGACCAUCCUGCUAACCAUCUUCGUCUAAAAUACUUCAAUUUGAUGACGGGAAACACAUUAGAACCUGAUGUAGGCUUAGAGAUGAAACUUCAGGAACGAACAGGUCUGCAGAAAGUGAUGGAUUUGGAAGAGUCUGAUUUCAUUCUGGUUUUCUGCCCUGUUGUUUCACGAGCUGGAACUGACAUUGAAGCAGCAGUGAAGGAGCUCAGUACCCAAGCAGGUAACAAGUCUGCAGUUCUGGUGCUCCUUCAUCACACGUAUGAUGCAGAGCGUAUCGUACCGGACAGCAGCAGAUCUGUAAAUACACAGAAUGCAAUCGCAGUCGACUCUCUGACCCAUGAAGGUCAGGGAUUACUGACAUUUCUUAAAAACCAUGAAGCACUGUCCAAAUUUAUAAACUGGAUUCAGGACCUGUUGCAAUGGAAACGAAGUAAAAAUUCCGGGCAUACUGCUGAGCAGAUUUUAAAGACUCCUCUUCUAAAAUACUUCACCCUAUUAACUGGAAACACUUUAGGACAUGAUGUGGAAAUAGAAAGGAAACUUCAGGAACUAAUACCAUAUCUGAAGAAGGUGCUGAAUUUGGAAGAGUCUGAUUUCAUUCUGGUUUUCUGCCCUGUUGUUUCACGAGCUGGAACUGACAUUGAAGCAGCAGUGAAGGAGCUCAGUACCCAAGCAGGUAACAAACCUGCAGUUCUGGUGGUGCUUCAUCACACGUUUAAUCCAGAGCUUAUUGUCCCAGACAGCAGCAGAUCUGUAAAGAGACAGAAUACAAUCACAGUCGACUGUCUGUUCCAUGAAGGUCAGGGUUUACUACCAUGUCUUAAAAACCAUGAAGCACUGUGCCAAUCUGUGAACUGGCUAAAUCCCAAGGGCAUUUCGAACAAGCCACCAAGUCAACAUCAAAAUCAGGACCAUUCUGUUAACCGGCUCUUGAAGCAUCCUUCUCUAAAAUACUUUACUCUAAUAACUGGGAAGACAUUACGCUAUGAUGUGGACAUAGAGAGGAAACUUAAAAAACGAACAGGUCUACAGAAAGUGAUGAAUUUGGAAGAGUCUGAUUUCAUUCUGGUUUUCUGCCCUGUUGUUUCACGAGCUGGAACUGACAUUGAAGCAGCAGUGAAGGAACUCAGUGCCCAAGCAGGUAACAAACCUGCAGUUCUGGUGGUGCUUCAUCACACAUUUGAUCCAGAGCUUAUUGUACCAGACAGCAGCAGAUCUGUAAAGAGACAGAACACAAUCACAGUCGACUGUCUGUUCUCUAAAGAUCAGGGAUUAUUGACGUGUUCUAAAAACCAUGAUGCGCUGUCCAAAGUUAUAAACUGGAUUGAGGACAUUUCAGAAAGGAUACCAAGAAAAAGUCCAAAUCAGGACCAUCCUAGGCAGAUGAUGAAGGAUCCUCGCCUAAAAUACUUCACUCUGAUAGCUGGAAAGACAUUAGGACAUGAUGUGAAAAUAGAGAUGAAACUCAAGAAAGUGAUACCACGUCUUCAGAAGGUGGUGAAUUUGGAAGAGUCUCAUUUCAUUCUCGUUUUCUGCCCUGUUGUUUCUCAAGCUGUAACUGACAUUGAAGCAGCAGUGAAGAUGCUCAGUACCCAAGCAGGUAACAAACCUGCAGUUCUGGUGGUGCUUCAUCACACGUUAAAUCCAGAGCUUAUUGUACCAGACAGCAGCAGAUCUGUAAAGAGACAGAAUACAAUCACAGUCGACUGUCUGUUCCAUGAAGAUCAGGGAUUACUGACAUGUAGUAAAAACAAUGAAGCACUGUCCAAAGUUACAAACUGGCUGCAUCCUGAGGCAUUACCAAAGAUAACUAAAGGAAUUAUGUCUAAUGUUGAUGAAAUGCAUGACAAAUUAGAAAAAUUCAAAACGAAGCUGGCGAAUCCACGUGACUGGCUCAAAGACAAAAAAAGAAAACAAGAUGAAUGAUGGAUCCAGAGAAGGCCACGUCAUGCCUGGGCCAUCUUCCAGACGCUGAAGAUUUCGUUUUUUUCUCAAGAUGUCAGAGUUUUCUGACAAACUCACUCCCCAUACAGAUAACCUAAAUAAAUCACUGUUAUGUUUAGAACUUGUAAGCUUUAAUUAUGUAAACCUGACUAACCUGCGUUAUGAUUUACAUUUAUAUAAUGAUCUACACUUACUCCAUGUGUACUGUUUAUUGGUGGCUCUCUCUGUUCUGUCUACAAUGUAUGACAAUGUAAUGUACUUUAUGAUAAGUAGAAGGAAUGCAUGAAAUGUGGAAUAAUAAUAAGCAGUAUAUGCAAAUACAUGUAUUAAUUAGGUAAAAUGAAUAUUACAUGAAUGAAACACUAGGGGGCAUACUGCUAUAUUAAUGACAAGUCGUAUGAUGCAGUGUGACGGGAAACAGAGUUACUGUUAGUAUCACUCUGUUUUCUUACAACAGCACAUCCUGAAGUGUUUUUCUUCUCCUAUACCACAGCACCUGGUCAUCACUAACAAUUUUUUACUAAUUAAUCAAUAACCUUACCAUAACCAUACUUUUUCAGUUGAUAAUGCCUACAGCUCCUUGUACGAGGUAGUUGUUGUAUUGUGAUGGUUUGGCACACUGCUUUUUAGAGAGGUGUAAAUGAUAUGGGGAAAAAUAAAUGGUACCAAGGGAAUGGUAAAUUAAAAUUAUGAAUUAUAUGAAUUAUAUAACGAAUAAUGAUUAAAGUAAUACUGAAAUGAAAAACAAGAUUUUUUUUUUUUACUGCAGAAGUGUGUAAUGCAACACACUUAACUAUAUGGAGACAUUAAGCAGAAUACAGUGAAUUUUUCAAAAAUGUUAAAAAAAUUAAAUCCUAGAGUGUAUGCUAAUUUAAAUGACAUUUUUAAGAUGUCUUAUCCAUUGGACUGUCGUCAGUUAUCUAUAAAUUGUUUCUCAUUAGCGCCUGGUAGCCCCGCCCCUCUUUUGCCACGUGAUUGUCCAAAAUUCCACACAUU